CCAUAACACUGUCUUCACUCUAUCUACCAUGGUGGACCAAUUUCCCGUCUCUCUAACCACUCUUUUAUUCCUCAUCCUUUUCUUGUUCAUGCUAGUAAAGCAAUGGAUAAGACCCAAAACCCGAACCGCCAUUCAAAACCUCCCUCCAGGUCCAUGGAAGCUACCUCUUAUCGGAAACAUCCACCAGCUAUCCUCUCUUCCUCACCGCAGUCUUCGAGACUUAGCGACCAAACACGGGCCUCUAAUGCACCUCCAGCUCGGCGAAGUCUCUGCUGUUGUCCUAUCAUCGCCUCGGCUAGCCAAAAUGGUGAUGACAACCCAUGAUCUUGCCCUAGCAAACAGGCCGAGACUUCUUGUCGUCGAGACUCUUCUGUACCGCUCUGACAUCGGUUUCUCUGCCUACGGUGGUUAUUUGAGACAAAUGCGGAAAAUUUGCACGGAGGAACUCUUGAGUGCCAGUAAAGUCCGGUAUUUCCGUGGCAUUCGAGAAAAUGAAAUCUGGGGUCUUAUUGAAUAUGUAAAGUUGUCAGCAGGAGUACCAGUCAAUCUGUCUGGAAAACUUUAUGAGCUAACAAGUAACAUAACUUGCAAAGCAGCAGUGGGAAAGAAGUGCAGAGACCAAGAAGUAUUGAUGGAGCUGAUGAAAGACACCACAUCUUUGGCAGGAGGUUUUGACUUGGCUGAUUUGUUUCCAUCCAUAAAGUUGCUUCAUGUGGUUAGUGGGAUGAAGCCUAAGUUGAUGAAAAUGCAUAGGAAGAUUGAUGAUGUCCUUGAAAGCAUCAUCAGAGAGAGAAGAAUGGCAAGCACAGAAGAAAGUGAACAAAGAGAGGAAGAUCUAUUAGAUGUUCUACUAAGGCUUGAGAAAACUGGUGGUCUUGAGUUUCCAAUCACAGACGACAACAUUAAAGCUAUCAUUUUUGACAUGUUCACUGGUUCAACUGAAACUUCAUCAACAACGGUCGAAUGGGCAAUGGCAGAAGUGAUGAAAAACCCAACUGUAAUGAAGAAAGCACAAGUAGAGUUGAGACAAUCACUCUUAAAGCUCAAUGAAAAGCAAAGAAUCCACCAUGAGACUCACAUUCAAAAACUAGCUUACCUUAAUAUGGUGAUCAAAGAAACCCUAAGGCUUCACCCUCCAGCACCAUUGUUGCUCCCAAGAGAAAGCAGAAAGCCUUGCAAUAUUGAUGGAUACAACAUAAAGGAAACUGAUGGGAGAGGAAUAGCCCAGAAGCUUGGUCUGAAGAUAAAGAAACCGAGGGGAGGCAAGAGGUUUAGUAAACAAAUCAGCAAGUUGAUCCAUGGAGGAGAUGUGAUUGAUGUGCAACUUCUUGGCGGCAACCCGUUCGCGAACAUAAUGAUAAUCCACUUCAAUAUGCUUGGAUCUUGCAUGAAAGACAGGAUUGUUGGACAAGGAAAUAGCAGACAUGUUGUCACACCAAAGAGUAGGAGCUGGUACAGAGAUGGACAAAUCAGAGAGCAGCAUACCAAUCCAGCUAAGUUCAGCAGCUGUUUGAGCAAGGGCUCUGUAUUCAGCUUCAGUAGAAGACCUGGAGACAACUGGGAUGAUGCUCAGAGCUUCAUGCCGGAGAGAUUCCAACACAGUUCCAUUGAUUUUGUAGGAAAUAACUUUGAGUUUAUUCCGUUUGGGGCCGGGAGGAGGAUAUGUCCGGGGAUGUUGUUUGGAUUGGCAAAUGUUGAGCUGCCUCUAGCUCUACUUCUCUACCACUUCGAUUGGGAGCUUCCAGGGGAGAUGAAGCCAGAAGAUUUGGAUAUGAAUGAGGGGCAUGGAGCUAUUGUCAGGAAGAGAAAUGGGUUGUGCUUAGUUCCCACUCCUUUUGUUCCUUCAUUUAGUGGAUGAAGCAACCAAUGAAGGCCUAGAAUGAGCUGUUUAAUAAAAACAUCAAUAAUAAGAGAACAAAACCCCCAAAAAGGAGCUGUAAUAAUUGAAAUAUUACUUGCUCCAUUGUCUUCCAAAUUUGUAUUUCCUAUCAUGUAAUCAAGUUGUGUUUCCUUCA